AUGGUCAGGGACGUCUUCGAUCCCAACGCGGUAUCCAGGUUGAUCGGUGGAAUGGGCAUAGGUCAUGUGCGAUAUCCGACCGCAGGCAGCUCACAUCACGCCGAGGCGCAACCCUUCUACGUGAACUCACCCUACGGCAUCGUCUUCGCACACAAUGGCAACCUCAUCAACACAGAGCCUCUCCUGCAAUUCAUGGACGCCACAGCGCACCGGCACAUCAACACGUCCUCAGACUCUGAGCUGCUGCUGAACAUAUUUGCAGACAACCUGCAGCAGACGGGGAAAUUCCGAAUCAACGAGGAGGAUAUCUUCAACGCCAUUGGAAAGCUCAUGCAGCAGUGCAAGGGCGCCUAUGCCUGUGUCGCCAUGCUAGCGGGCUUCGGGAUUAUCGCGUUUAGAGACCCGAACGGCAUCCGACCAGUCGGGAUGGGGUCCCGGAAGGCCCUCGGUGGCGGACCAGGCAAGGACUACCUCUUCGCCAGUGAGAGCGUGGUAGCGGAUGCGAGCGGUUUCGGUGACUGGGAAGAUGUCCGUCCCGGCGAAGCUAUCAUCAUCACACGCAGCUCCGUGAGCCGUCGCCAGGUCGGACAGCCCGCUACGUUUGCUCCUGAUCUUUUUGAAUAUGUGUAUUUCGCGCGACCCGAUUCUGUACUGGAUGGUAUCAGUGUGUACCGCAGCCGCAUGGCUAUGGGUGACGCAUUGGCAAUUGAAGUCCAACGUGUUUUGAAAGAGAAAGGGUUGUCCGUCGACGUGGUUAUCCCUGUUCCAGACACUUCGCGCGUGGCAGCUCUAAACUUAGCACAAAAGCUGCAGCUUCCCUAUCGCGAAGGGUUCAUCAAGAACCGCUAUGUUGGGCGCACAUUCAUUAUGCCUGGCCAGCAGAUGAGGCGCAAGAACGUCAGACGGAAACUGAAUGCGAUGGCGCUCGAAUUUGCGGGGAAGAACAUCCUCAUCGUAGAUGACUCCAUUGUGCGUGGGACAACAUCAAAGGAGAUUAUCCAGAUGGCCAAAGACGUGGGUGCGAAGAAGGUGAUCGUCGCGAGCUGCGCACCUCCAAUACGCUACUCGAAUGUCUACGGUAUCGACAUGCCCUCCCGGACAGAACUGGUAGCACACAACCGUACGCCGGAGUCAAUAGCAGAGGCGAUAGGCGCGGACCUUGUCAUCUUCCAGACCCUGCCAGACCUGGUCGCCUCCGUACGGCAACUCAAUCCGUCUGUCACAGCCUUCGAGUGUUCCGUGUUCACGGGCGAGUAUGUCACAGGAGGAGUUGACGAGGAGUACCUCGGGAGAUUGGAACAGCUGCGCGCAGACAAUGUCAAGGCGUCGCAACACCUUCACUCAUCACGCACGAACCCUGCCCAGGACGAUCUGGCAAGUGUGGUGUACGCGCGCAGAGAACUCACUCUGGGCUGCAGUGGACCGGCGAAUGGCGCCGACGACACCAUCGGUUUGCAUAAUGAAUGGAAUGCAAGUUGA